CGCCCGCGCUGACCGCGCUGCUACCCGAAACGCCCGCGCUGACCGCGCUGCUGCGCGAAGCACCAGCGCUAACCGCGCCAGACAUAGUUCAUGAUGUCAAACAGACAUCCCACACAGAAAGACAAUAUCCACAUAGUUUCAUGACAAUACCACAUGUCAAUAGUUCAUGAUGUCUCCCACACAAGGCACGGCAUCUUCACAUAUCCUGAUGUCACACAGACAUCCCACAUAGCUUGUCAUGACAUGUCUCACAUAGCUUGUCAUAACAUGUUACACACAGCUGGUGGCACCCGGUGGACACGCGGCAGGAGCAGCCGCAUGCCGACCGCGCCGCGCGCCACGCCGCACUGCACCGAGCUGGCUGUCGCGCCGCUGCGGCCCGCCGCGCUUGAGCCGCCACCGCCGCCCACGCGCGGGCACCUGCAGCUGGCGCCGCUAGGCGCGCUGCACUUCACGCACCUCUGCACGCUGACUACUUUCGGCUCUGCUGACAUAAGAAAUCAUCAUACAGUACAUCUAUACACCAUCGUCAUCAUCCUUAAUGAUUUAUGGGAUUAGUUAGGGUUCUUUGAACAUUUUCACUUUAAACCCACACAGAUUAGGCCAUUCCACAUAGCUUGUCAUGUCAUGCCACAUGUUCUCCUCACACAGAUAUCAGGAGAUCUCACGCAGAAUGACAAUGUCCGCCCAGCUUCAUGACAAUGUCCACUGGUGUAUGAUCAACAAGUACAUCAUAUACAUUAUUAUUAUUAUUUUCAAACCAUUCCCAUAACCACAUUAUCAAAAUAUUAAGAUGAAUAACACAACUACUUAUAUCAUCACUGACAACAAAACAAUGCAAGUGAAACAUAUUGAUGCUUAACAUUGUGUUUGGGUGAACACCAAGUUGCUCCACACACAAAUGCAACUUUAUCAAAAUAAACUUCUUGUUAUUAUCUUAGAU